AUGGUGUCUCUAUCAAGAGUCGCCUUCGUCACCUUUGGGGUGAUUCAUGGGGCAAAUGCAUGGGGUGCAUUGGGCCAUGCCACUGUAGCCUAUGUUGCACAGCAUUAUAUGUCCAGUGAGGCCGCAAAAUGGGCACAAACUGUUCUUAAUGACACCUCCGACUCAUACCUAGCAAACAUUGCUUCCUGGGCAGAUAAAUAUCGCCUCACAGAUGAGGGCAAAUGGUCAGCCCCGUUGCACUACAUUGACGCGAUGGACGACCCGCCAAAAAGCUGCAACGUGGACUAUGAGCGUGACUGCCCAGACGAAGGCUGCUCAAUCUCCGCCAUUGCCAAUUACACCCAGCGUGUAAGCAAUCGCAAACUUAGUAACCCCGACACUGCCGAGGCUCUGAAAUUCCUCGUGCAUAUCAUUGGUGAUCUCGUACAGCCACUGCAUGACGAGAACUAUAAGGUUGGCGGAAAUGAGAUCAAAGUCACUUUUGAUAACUACACUGAUAACCUCCAUUCCGAUUGGGAUACAUACAUGCCUGUAAAGCUGGUUGGCGGUAGUUCGCUCGAAGAUGCACAGGGAUGGGCCGAAAGCUUGGUCCAUGAGAUUAAGGCCGGCAGCUACAAGAAGCAAUCUCAGAGUUGGACCAAAGGAGAUGAUAUUGGCAAUACUAUCAAGACUGCCACUCGAUGGGCGGCAGAUGCCAAUGCCUAUGUCUGUACUGUUGUCAUGCCGGAUGGAGCUGCUGCCCUCCAGACUGGCGAUCUCUACCCAACGUACUACAACUCUGCUAUCGGCACGAUCGAGAUCCAGGUUGCAAAGGGCGGUUAUCGACUGGCGAACUGGCUCAAUCAGAUCUACAAGCAGAAGAUUGCGCAUCAACAUAAAGGGAAAUUCGGCAAGGGCCCCCGAGAGGCAGCCCCUGAGCCUGAGUUUGUCCGAGAGCCUCGCGAGCCCCGUCAAAUGAGUCGCGAAAACCUGGCUAGAGCUGCUAUGGGAGGAUCAUGUUGUACAUCGGGACGUGAGCAUCGCCACUGA